AGUCUUCUUCACGUCGGACAAUUUCAAAUUCGCCAAACAAGUAUCGAUCACGCUGUGUUCUAACUCAAAGGAAGGAAUACAUUUUCAUUAACCUGAUAGAUAAGUCCGUAGUUUUCCGAAUUUCUCUUUCAAGUUAGGUUUGUUUAGGCCAAAUGCGCCUUAGAGUGCAAUGCGCUCAUGGUGUUAGCUAGAAUUUGGAAAUGACCACAGGAGGUUGUUUGGAUGGUUUGUCACUUGCUUUGUCACAAAUCAGUUUUACAGUUACAGAAUUAUCAAAGAAAAACUAUAAAAAUAAUGUUUUAGAACUUAAGGCUAUUGUCCAGAAGUACGGUCCAGAAGCUGAAAGACAUUUAUUCCGUUGUCUUUUGUCUUAUCUUGAUUUUAGUAGUGAUAACAGUGUCAAUCGAGAAAUACUACAGGUUCAGCUAUUUUUAGAAGGCUGUCAAGAAUUAGUUACUAAGCCAAAUUUUGCUUCAAUACUCUGUUAUUCGCUUGAGAAUCCUGAGGUUUUUCAAAAGUCCGUCAAACCGACUUUACAGUUUCUCUACCUAUUUAGUAAAAGUUUAAAACUAUCAAAAGUUCAGGAGAUUGUUUUUGGUAUUGGCUUACAAAGCUCAUUUAUUCCAGAUUUCAGAUCAGCUGCUCAGACAUUCGUGAAGCAGAAAUUACCUGAACUUUUAAGAUCAUAUAUUGACUCAGAACUAAGUGGUUCAGUUAUACAAGAGUCAGUUGGACUUGGUGACGUUGCAAUAGAGGUUUUGCAUUUGUUGCUGUCGUAUUUAUUAAAUCCUGUGCAAGAAGAAAAAAUUGUACCAGAAGAACAAUUACAAUCGUUUUUGAACUCUUUGCGUAAAGACUUUCCUAGGGAGCGUGUGCCUGCCGUUCUUGCACCUUUACUUUACCCGAUAAAACAACUACAGGAGGAACAAAUCGUGUUGAACCACGAAGUUGGCUCUAUCGUAAAAUUCAUGAUGGAGGGUAACAUGUGUGAAAUUAUAGAAGAGUUGGGUUAUACAUGUAUGACUACAAAAGAUGAUUGCAGGGAAACUCUUUUAAACUUUGGUAUUGCGGCCCUAAAUGCAACAAAUGUAGCCAAAGUUAUAGCUUUAAUGGCAAGGACAUUAUCUGGGCUUGAAGGAAGUGGGGGGUUGCAAAAUUUUAGCAACAAUCGAAUGAGCAGUCUGGACAACCCACCACAAUCGUGGAAUGUUGACGUAUUUGUAGAAGUCAUUAAAGAGCUGGCCCCUGCGUUAAACUGGAACCAAGUUAUUCAAGAACUUGAUCAUCCUGAAUUUAUUAUCAAGGAUCCUAAAGGAUUGCAGUUAAUUAUGUUUGCCUACUUUAAAGCAACUUCAAGCUCUAACUUUCCAAUCCAGUAUGUUUAUAAGCCAUGGAAGAAUGCCCUUGGACAGCUUUCCUGGGUUGAAUGUGCACUAUACAAUCCUGAAGUGUUUUCCUUCUGUGAUUUUCCAUGCCACCCAGUUGUAUUAGACAUUUUAAAGUCAUCACCAGACGAAACAAACCGAGAAAUUCGCACAUGGAAAUCACUUGAUUUGGUAGAGCUUUUGCUUAGUUUGUCCGAAACAAGCAACUACGAAAGUGUGCUGAAGCUAUUCGCUUGGCCCGUAAAGAAUUGUCCAGAUGUUUUGAUCCUUGCUUUACUUCAAGUGCAGUCAACAUGGCGUACUCUACGCAAUGAUCUGGUUUCGAUGCUGAUGCCGCUGUUUUUGAUGAAUCAUCCAAACUCGAUGAGUGUUCUGCAUUAUGCCUGGCAUGGACAAGGCCAAUCUCCCACCAUUAGACAGCUUGUAAUACAAAGUAUGGCUGAUUGGUAUGUCAAAGCAGACAAAAUGGGUGAUCAAGUAGAGCAGCAGACUAGAUUGUCACGCAUAUUGGAUGUUGCUCAAGACUUAAAGGCUUUGUCUAUGCUUUUAAAUUCUUCACCAUUUUCGUUUGUGAUUGACUUAGCAGCUCUUGCAUCAAGAAGAGAAUAUUUAAAAUUAGACAAAUGGUUAACUGAUAAACUUCGUGAACAUCAGGAGCCAUUCGGUCAAGCUCUUGUUGGUUUUCUGAAGCGUAGAUGUCCACAGUUAUUUGGUGUUCUUGAUAAAGACUUACCGAAGGCUGUUCAACUUCCAAACGAAACAAUUACAACAACACUAUCAUGUUUACAAGGACAUAUUGGUGCUUUUGGAAAAGAAAUUAAUGAGGCUGUCCAAAUGAUGUUAAACAGUCCUUUCAUGAAAACCAGACCUGGGAAUCCCCUGAUAAUGCCACCAAAACGAUCUGAUGGCUCUACAGCAUUUCCAACAUCAUCAUUAAGUGGGUUGAGUUCUUCACCAAUCGGUAGUCAGCCUGAUCCAUUUUCAUCAUCUGUAUUUGGUCUGUCAUCAGCAGCAUUCAAUUCCAGUGUAAAUACUUCACAACUUCCUGGUUUCGGUGGUGGUGGUUUAAGUGGAUUUGGAACUGGAUCUUCUUUUAAUGGCUUAGGUGGAUUGGCGUCUAUGCAAGGAUCAAAAGCUGGACCUAUUGGUAACUUGUUAGCCAGCUCAUCAGGUGCAGCAGGGACUAUUGGUGGUGGUAUAGGAAGCACAUCUUUAACGCAGAACCCACUUAUUCCACAAUAUAAUUCAACGCAAGGUCUAGGUUCCAGCAGCUUAUCAGGUACUGGUUUAGGCAGUAUGUCUGAUGCAUUUUCAGCACGAAGAAAUAAUCCUUUGACAAAUCUUGGUGGAAGCAGUUUCUCUGCUUUUAACCAACCAUCAUCUGCUACGCUGGCUGCCCAGAACAGACAAGCGGAUCGUUUAAAGCAAGCUGCUGCUGCUGGCGACAUCUCUGCAGUUGUACCUGGAAUGGACCAAAACUUUUCCAAGGAAGUGGAUGAUGAAGCAAACAGCUAUUUCCAAAAGAUAUACAACUCACCGCCCAACCCAACAAUGUCAAUUGAAGAGGUACUUGAGAUGCUAAGAAGGUUUAAAGACUCUAACGACAAGAAAGAAAGAGAUGUGUUUUUGUGCAUGCUAAGAAACCUCUUUGAGGAAUACCGAUUUUUUCCACAAUACCCAGAGAAAGAACUUCAUAUCACAGCAUGUUUAUUUGGUGGGAUAAUUGAGCAAGGCCUAGUAACCUACAUGGCUCUUGGAAUUGCACUAAGAUAUGUGUUGGAGGCUUUGCGAAAGCCACCUUCUUCUAAAAUGUACAUGUUUGGAACAACAGCACUUGAUAGAUUUAAAGCCAGGUUGAAAGAUUAUCCUCAUUAUUGUCAACAUUUGGCAUCAAUUCCUCACUAUAAAGAAUUCCCGUCUCAUCUGGUAGAAUAUAUUGGCUUUGGACAAAGGAACCAGGAACCUCCAAGUUCUGUCAUUAGUCGAAGUAAUAUGACCAACUCGCCAAGUCUAAUUGGAAGCAUUUCUUCAGUGGGAAGAAUGCCAGGUGUAAACACACCAACAGAUUCUGUAACACCUCCACCUCUUGCACAAGGGCCAAUUCCUGUCACCACUGCAAAGUCAACCGCCACUACUAACACAGUAUCAGUUACAUCUUCCUCGGCAACAACAUCGACUGCAACAUCCUCUUCAACUAAAAAAGAGCUUUCGAUUGCCACAACAAACAUAGACACAUUGCUAGAUGCUACAGAGGGAGAGAUGAGCCAACCUAAUGAAGGGAUACAAGAUAAAGUUCACUUCAUUUUUAACAACAUUUCUGCUACAAAUUUAGAAGUAAAGGCAGCAGACCUGAAACAGGCUAUACAGACCGAUUUUAAUCCUUGGUUAGCACAAUACCUUGUCAUGAAACGAGUGAGCAUCGAACCUAACUUUCAUCACCUGUACUCAGAUUUUUUAAAAGCUGUUGCAAUUCCAGAACUUAGCAAACUUGUUUUAGAUGAAACAUAUAGAAAUAUUAAGGUGUUGCUUCGCUCAGAUAAAGGACCUGCAAACUUUUCUGACAGAUCUUUGUUAAAAAAUCUAGGCCAUUGGCUUGGAAUUCAAACACUGGGAAACAACAAACCAAUUCUUUAUAAAGACCUGGAAGUUAAGUCUUUGAUAAUUGAAGGAUUUUUCAAGGGACAGCAGGAGUUGCUCUAUGUAGUUCCAUUUGUUGCAAAAAUUUUGGAAGCUUGUGCAAAAAGUCGGGUAUUUAAACCACCAAAUCCAUGGCUUAUGGCGACGAUGUCUGUAAUGGCUGAGCUACAUCAACUUCCCGAUUUAAAACUAAAUCUGAAAUUUGAAGUGGAAGUGCUUUGCAACACGUUAACAUUAGAUUUGAAGUCCAUCCAACCAGCUGAUUUACUCAAAGAUCAAGAUAUCUUAAAUAAGAUUGAACACCAGUUGACUCCUCCUGAAAAAGAUAAAGGUGGCAGUAAUGCAGAGCAACAGUUAGCAAUGGGACCACCUGUGCCCAUGUUCUCGUAUCAUGACAUUACCAUUGGUGCUCUACAAUGGCUUGCACCUCACAUACAAGUCAAUCCAAAUAUCCCUCUAUUGCUGCAAUAUCCUCACUUGAAACAGAGCAUUCGGCCUGCCAUUGAAAGAAGUGUGCAAGAGUUGCUGUUUCCAGUUGUAGAAAGAUCUAUUAAAUUAUGUCUUACCACAGCUGAAAUGAUUGUGAAAAAGGAUUUUGCACUGGACCCAGAAGAGACGCGGUUAAGAACAGCAGCUCAUCACAUGAUUCGCAACGUCACAGCUGGCAUGUCAAUGAUAACAUGUCGAGAACCUUUGCUGGCUAGUCUGACAAAUAACAUCAAAAGCAAUUUGUUGGCGACACUAAGGAAUGCUAAUGCGCAACAGAAAGAACAAUUGGAACAAGUAGCCCAAACCAUUGCUAACGACAAUUUGGAAUUGUGUUGUGUCUUUAUUCAAAAGACGGCUGUUGAACGAGCUUUGCAUGAGACUGAUAAGCGUUUGGCAACUGAAUACGAACUGCGAAAGCAUGCCCGUAGUGAAAACAGACGAUACUGCGAUCCAUUCGUAUUGACUUAUCAAGCAGAAAGAAUGCCAGAGCAAAUCCGCUUAAAGGUUGGAGGUGUGACUGCAGCACAGAUGACCGUGUAUGAGGAGUUUGCUCGCUCCAUACCUGGAUUUGUUGCUCCACAACCUGGCCAAUUAAUUGAACCGUUUCCCAAACCCAUACCAGAAUCUCAACCCACGCUACUUCCUCAAUCUGACGUUCAUGUUAAUGAUACUCACAAGUCUUACAUGCCGGACGAUGUUGUACACAUUCUGGGAAAAUGCGCUGCUGAAAUAGAACAGCAUAUCCACCACAUGGAACAGCAAGUUCAACAAAUGAUGCUCAACCCCGCUGCUCAGCAUUUGGCACAACUCCAUAACUUGCUGGACAUGGUUGUCAAUGCUCGUGUGACCAGAGAUAACCUCUCUUCGUUGAGGCUGAUAAGAAAGGCAGUUGAAGGCGUUCUCGAAACAGUGCUGCCCAACGACACCGAAAUGGCGUUGCGAUACAAAGAUUGUCACCUAAUAGUACUGCGAGGAUUCCAAGAUCCUCGUGGAUAUGGACCUCUCUGGACAGCUCGACAGGUCUUAAAAGUCCUUGCUGACUUGCCUCCUGAAGUUCGUUUUAAUUUUGAAGGAAUUGACAUUUUAUGCAGAGCACAUUUGCUAACAAUGAGAGAGUUCGAUCUGAUGUUAUCACAGUGGAUGGAUCAUGGCCAUUGCAUUCCAGCAUUACAACUUGCUGUUCAGUUAUGUCGCUUAUACUUGAUCGAUGAGAAACAUAGAACUAUAGUGACUGAGGUCGAGUUCAGCAACACUCUCGAGACAUUAGCACGUGUGUAUCAAAACAGACAAAACCCUGAAGGACUUGCGGCGUUACUAGAAGGUAUACACGCUAACCAGUCAACUCCUGCCACAUCAACUGCAACCGCUAGUGGCAGUUUAUUUGGAAGAGCGGCCAGUGGCACACACAGCAGUUUCACACACGAUUUUGAUGACGUUUCAGGAUUGCACGAAAAGGUUGAAUAUCUUUUACGUGAAUGGGUAAGGCUAUACCAUCACCAAAGUGCUGGAAGGUACAGCGAAAAAGCUUUUCAGGCUUUUGUUCCACAGCUUCAUCAGUAUGGUAUCCUGAAAACAGACGACCUCAUUACCCGGUUCUUCAAGUAUUGCACAGAGAUAUGUGUGGAUAUCACGUACAGAGCAUUGCAAGAUUAUGCGCAAAGCCCAACAAUGGCGAGAACAAAAUGUUUCCCAACAAUUGACGCAUACUGCCGCCUAAUCGCUUUAUUGGUGAAGCAUUCUGGAGAUAACACAAAUAGUGUCACCAAGAUUAAUCUCCUUAAUAGGGUACUUGGAAUUAUCGGCUCCGUCAUUGUGAAAGAUCACGAAUAUCGUCAACACGAAUUCCAUCAGCUUGCAUACCACCGAAUGUUCGUGAUGCUGCUACUUGAACUCAACGCACCAGAGCCUGUAUUAGAAGCUAUUAAUUUCCAGAUUUUGUCGUGUUUUGCUAAUGUUUUCCACGACUUGCGGCCGUUUAGAGCGCCCGGUUUUGCGUACGCGUGGUUGGAGCUGAUCGCACAUAGAACAUUGAUGUCGAAGUUGCUGUUAAAUUCGCCCCAACAAAAGGGCUGGGUUUUAUAUCACCAGUUAUUGAUUGAUUUGUUUCAAUUUCUCGCUCCGUUUUUACGCAAUGUGGAACUGGCAAAGCAGACUUAUCUUCUAUACAAGGGCACUCUUCGUGUUUUGCUUGUGCUGCUCCACGACUUCCCAGAGUUCUUAUGCGAUUAUCACUUCAGUUUUUGUGAUGUGAUACCGCCCAACUGCAUACAAAUGCGAAAUCUAAUAUUGAGCGCCUUCCCAAGAAAUAUGAGAUUGCCCGAUCCAUUUACACCAAAUCUGAAGGUUGAUCUUUUGAAUGACAUUGCGCAUCCACCGCGAAUUUUAACUAACUUUGGUCAAGCAAUCCAGCCAGCAACGUUCAAGCGAGAUUUAGAUUCGUACUUGAAAACCCGAGCUCCAGUUACAUUCUUGUCUGAACUAAGAAGUCAUCUCCAGACGGUGAAUGAACCUGGAACUAGGUACAAUGUACCGCUAAUGAAUGCAUUGGUAUUGUACGUUGGUACGCAAGCGAUCGCUUACAUUCAAAGCAAAAGUGGAGCUCCGUCAAUAUCUACCAUUACCCACUCUUCACAUAUGGAUAUAUUUCAAAAUUUAGCUGUGGAUUUAGACACCGAAGGUCGUUACUUGUACCUAAACGCCAUAGCCAAUCAACUGCGCUAUCCGAACAGUCACACGCACUAUUUCAGUUGCACGUUGUUGUAUUUGUUUGCAGAAGCCAACUCGGAAGCUAUACAAGAACAAAUAACAAGAGUAUUGUUGGAACGUUUAAUUGUCAACCGACCACACCCAUGGGGACUUUUGAUCACGUUUAUUGAACUGAUCAAGAAUCACAACUACAAGUUUUGGAAUCAUGACUUUGUUCACUGUGCUCCAGAGAUCGAAAAGUUGUUCGAAUCUGUCGCUCGAAGUUGUAUGCAACAAAAACAACCCUCUUCAGGGAAUGGAAGUGAAUCAGGAGAUUAAAUGUAACAUGAACAAAAACGAUAUGAUGAUGGAGGCGAAAAAAAGCUGUUUGCGGAGUUUGUUGUUGUUACGGAGGACAAUUUUUGUAUUGUACAAAAUAGACAUACUGUUGAAAAAACAUUUUUGAAUAUGUUGAUAUAUAUUUGAAAUUUAAUAUUUGAUGAACAGAAUUAUUAUUUUUUUGUUCUUACGAUGUAUUUUAUAGCAGACGUUUAAGUAGUAAUUGUAUUUC